AGUUGUAGACGAAGAGCGCAGUCAAUUACUCGAGGAAAUCCCAUUGCUCCUUGUGUCGUUUUGGGAGCGUAAAAUUCUGUCUUGUAGCAUUCGAGACUGGAUGAUACAGUUUGUGGUUAAGUAUCUUGCACACUUCGAAGUUUCUGAGCAUACCAUUAUUACCGAGUGUCGUCUAGUUGAAACACCUCAGAGUAUCUGCUUUCUGGAAUGUAAUGAACUCAGUCACAUCCUGCACUUUCUAAAAAACAUCAAAGGUGAAAGGGAUGAUGGCACAGAUCUGGUUCGCAGAGCAGGGGACAGUUUCUUGGAUGGUACCCGAGUUAGAGAAAAGAUCGACUUUGAUCCUCAGUUUACAUUUCUACUUCUGGAUAAGAGACUGCUGAAAUGCGAGCUGGCUCGAUUUGAUAAUGAAGGGACAGCCAAUGUUUUUGAUCCCAGUGUUCACUAUGCCAAAGCACAAGUUCAUAGAGAUGAUAUCUUAUCUUGGUUAGCAGACUAUACUUCAGGAGAUGAGAGUUUUAGAUUUCCCAGACCUAUCAGGACACAUAAUCUUGAUAUUUGGGUGGCUGUUCUGAGAGCUGUUCAAUUCAUGUGUAGGACUUUGGAGACCAAAUAUGAGAAGAAAAUGAAAAUGAUAUGUUAUGAUGCAGCUCUUACUGACGCCAAGAACUUAUGUACACGCGACGAUGAAAGAAGAAGGAAUAUUCCGGAAGAUCAGAGGAACAUUUAUGGAUCUCUUCUAUGCAAUAAAUGUGAAGAAUAUAUAAGGAGAGACGCUGGAAAUUCUCUCACUACAAAACUGUUCUUGUGUGCAGUACGAGAUGUUCUCGAAGGAGCAUUGCAGCCGACAUUUGAUUGUGUCGAUCUAGUAGAUUGCCUGAAUCAUAUACAUGGGCAUAAACGUAUCAGUGAUGAUAUAGUGUUGAAGUCCAUUACGCAUCUGAAAUCUCUGGUCACCAAAAAGGUUCCGCUAAUGGAUUCAAAGAUUUUGUUGGUUGAAAACUCGAGGAUUGAUUUGAUAAACAGCCUUGUCGGACUUUCUGUUUUUGACUACCGCUCGUAUAUCCUUCAACCACUGAAACGCUUCUUGGAGGAAGAAUUAGAUGGAAUUGUAGAUAUGGAUGUCAAAGCACUUCCAGAACCUUUAUCCGAGAAAAAACAAGAGAAGGAGAAGAAGUCAGGGUCAAAGAAGAAAAAACCAUAAAAGCAACAAGGUCGUCGAUGGUCUAAAUUCUCUAUUUGCUUCCAUGAAUAUUUGGUUACUCAGUUGUACGAGUAUGAAUGAAUGGUUUUCAUGGCAUAACAGAGAACUUCAACAAGUAUGUCUAGUCUUCUUGAUCAGAAUGUCGAACAGGCAGAAGAAGAUCCUAUGGAACCAGACGAUACUCGUGAAAAGGGUCAAUCUGAAAUUUCAUCCAAUCAAGACGAAGCUACUAAAGAUAUUCAUGGAGAAGGUUCACUGUCUAAAAAUUUGGAGUCGGUACAUGGCAAAAAAGCUGUAUCCAGAUACAAUUCAGCUCUUGACAUGAUACUGAAGUCCCUCUGUAACAUUAAAGUUCUUAAAGAAGAUUUGGUGCACAAUCGGCAACCAUUUUCUGACAACCAAGUUCCGUCUGCACUACGUAGUUUCUUUUCUGCGUUUGUCUCGGAGCAGAUAAAAGAAGAGGAACUCUAUAGGCACUUACUGUCCAACUUGCUUGCUUCCCUAGAAAAAGAAUUUCAUUCCCUGUCAAGUGAUGGUGCUGAGGUACUCGUCGCCAUCCUCGAGUUUUGUCAUUGGUGGAAAAUUCAAGAAGGAGAAAGCUUGGUAACUCGCCUUUUUACGUUGGAGGUAUAUGAAAGAAUGAGUUGUAAAAAAUGCAGAAGGAAGCCAAAUCAUCCAGAGCAAAGUUCUUAUGGAAUCGUUAUGCCUGCUGAUUCUAUCAGAGACUUAAAGAGUGCUCUUGGGAAUAUAAAGUUUGAAGACAUCCUUAAAAUGAUCCGCAUGGAAGAUAAAAUGAUAUGUGAUGUUAGAACAGGAGGCUGUGGAGAGACAAACUUUGUCCACCACACUAUCAGUAGAUGCCCACCUAUCUUCACAAUUGGGCUGGAAUGGGAGAAGAAUGAAACUGAAAAAGAAAUAUCUGAAACAACAAAGUCUUUGGAGUGGGAGAUAGAUAUCAGCAGGCUAUAUGAAGGCUUAGAACCAAACACCAAGUACCGGCUUGUGUCAAUGAUUGGUUGUGGUGAAGAAGAAAAAUACAUUUGCAUGGCUUAUAAAAAGAACCGGUGGGUCAGUCUCACACAUGAAGCUAAAAUAGAAGAGGUUGUUGGUAACUGGGAGAGUGUUGCCAGAUUAUGUGGGGAAAGGAAGGUUCGUCCAGAGAUUCUGUUUUAUGAAGCUGUUCAAUGGCCUAACAAGUGAAUAGAACAGUAUGGGGGAACUGAAGUUUGCUACUUACACUAACUAUGUUUGCGAAUAUUAUUUAUUUUCUUUAGUUUGAUGGGAUGAUUUCUCCAGGUUCGAACCAUGGUUUUUAUAAACUGACCCCUAUAUAUGAUCUUAUCGUACAACAAAAAAAAGGCAUAAUCGAACGAUUUGGAAGCUC